UCGGCUGUCAUCCUCUCCUGUGUCAGUUGUAAACUUCGUCCUGUCUUGAAAACAGAAACCAUUUCAUCAGUGUUAAACAUUCAGUUCUAAAUGCACAAUGGAGGAGUGUGCUGGGUUCGAAACCCAGUUCAGGUCUGUUAUGCAAAGCGUGCUGAGGACAGCAGUCAGCGAGGCGACGAAACUUUUCGAGCAGACUUUGCACCAGAUGAAAGCAGAGUUGGUGCACCUGCGGCAAGAGAACGUCGAUUUAAAGAGCGGGAUUUUUCCUUCUUAUUACAAGACAAAAGACGCAGGAGAUGGAUGUCCAAAGCCAGAGCACACCAAACGCGAUAUUGGUGUACAAUGUGAAAAGCCCACCAUGGUUGAAAGAUGCUGCAGCCCAGCACCAGUCGGUGAGCGUCUAAACCUGCGACACAUCACAAGUGAUCGUCUUGAAGAUCUCUGUUCUAGCAGUUCAGAAGAAGGCAACAGGCAGCUUGCUUUGCUUCUUAUUAAAAAAGAGCCUCAGGAGACUGGCUGUGAUGAUUACGCCCCAGGAUACUUUUUACUGAAGCAAGAGGGUGCUGAGCCAAUAUUGGUUCGUAAAGAGCCCUUUAAAAACACCAUGGAAAAAGUAAUGAUCCCUUCAGCAAUUCAAACUGUGAGCAGAAACUAUGCAACCCAAAAAGAAAUAUCCACCACUAACGGGUCAUCAUCUGAGACCACAGUUUCCUGUAAUUUUAGAACAGCCUCAUCGAGUAACAUUGUCACCCCGACUGAAAUUAGGGCUAGAGUUAGUGGAUGUCCAUCUUUUCAGAGUGAUACAGAAAGACAAAAAAAUUCUUCAUCAGCUAAAAAGCCAAGUUCGUCAGCACUAUUUGCUAAUUCAACCCAGCCUCUCCUUCCAGUUAGUGUAACUGCCCUGACCGGCAUGUCUAGCAGAGUAGGUCAGAUGUCAACAUCUAAAUCCCAGCAAGCAGUGCCAUCUGUUCAAAUGGAUGAGUCCAUUCAGGCAACCUUUCAACUAAGUGUACCUCAAUCCCAGCAAAAUAUCCAGCAUUCAGCUACAGUGACGCAGUUUGGCUCUAAACAAGUUACGCUCCCUCUUUCCCAAAACCAGAACCCAGUUACAGAAUCUUUCUCCACUGGUCAGUUGUUACAAACCCUAGUUACAAUUGCAGACAAAAGAUUACCAGUCAACAAAUCAAUGACAUCAUUAACUGAGUCUUCUCCUCAGACUACAAAACCUUCAGUCUCUCACCCUCAAACUGUGGUAACUCCUUCUCAGAACAUGACACAGAUAAGCCAUUUUUUAAGUCCUCGAGUCCAGGCUUCUUUUCUUCCAGACCAGCAUACUGUUGCACAAGGACAGGUUCCUACUUCAAUAUCUCAGAUUCAACCUCAACCAAACCAGGUCUCAAUUCCACCCAACCAAGUCCCUGUUCAACCCAACCACCUUUCAAUUCCAGCAACCCAUGCUCCAUCUCAAGUACUCAUUCAGUCAAAUGACAUGCUUCCACCAAAUUCACAAAGUUUAAAUCUACAAGCCCACAUUCCUCCUAUGCCCCAUCACGAUCUGACCCCAACAAGCCAGUCAUUUUAUCCUUUAACUCAUGCAUCAUUCGCCCCACCCUACAUCCCACUUCAGUCAAUAAAGCCUUCUGUUCCUCAAAGUUCGAUUUCACAGACCAAUAUUUCAUCUCCACUAGAGCAUGCCACAUCCCACUAUGACAUUUUAUCUGAUUCACUAUGUUCAUCUUCAGACCAGUUUUUCCCAGCUCCUGAUAACACAUCAGAUUUGCUUCAGCCCUUAGCUUCUAUGUCUUUCCAUUCUUCUGUUGUAAUAAACCAACAGGAAGCCACAUCUAUGAUCCCUUCCCAUUCAUCGGGUCAACCUUUGCAGCUUGCACCACUUCUUACUUUGAAAGAACAGCAAGCGGCAGCCUCCAAUCAUGGAAACUUAUCCAAGCGAGGAUCUAACCUACCUGUAGAGAUCCCUAUGUCUACAGUUACUGACUUUGAGGGACAUAUGCAAAGAUAUCCAUCUCUUGCUGUUCAUGAAUCUACAAACUGUGAAAGUGAAUCUGUUACAGUGGAAAUGCAGCAUGAAGUCCCCACCGAGAAUAAUGAAGGUGGCAGGCCUGCAGUUAUUCCAGGGGCAAUACAGCAUUACACGGUUCUUUCCAAGCCUGGGCCAAACUUUAUAGUACCAGAUUCUACAAAAGAACAACAUACCUUCAGAAUGAACAUGGUAAAGGAUUUACAGAUGGACAAUGAUGCUAAUAAGCAAAAAGAGGGAUGUGACACAACCUGCCAAGUGUGGGAACCAUCUGAUUUGUCUAGUGUAUUACCCCAGUCUGCGUUAAGUGGCCCUGCACAAACCAUAUUACAGAAACCUCCACGGAAAAUACUGGAAAAGAAGACGGAGUGCUCUGAAUGUGGCAGGAUUCUCAGCAAUGCGUCUUCGCUGGAGAACCACAUGAGGCUUCAUAGAGGCGAGAGGCCAUAUACCUGCUCCCAAUGUGGUAAGGCCUUCCCUAGUGUACGAGGCCUCAACCGGCAUGUAAAAGUCCAUGCAGAGGAGAAAGGCUACAAAUGUGAGGAGUGCGGCAGGAGUUUUGUUUACCAGUUUACCCUGACCAAACACAAACUCAUCCACUCUGGAGAUAGGCCAUUCCCCUGUAAGGUUUGUGGCAAGAAGUUCUUGGCGAAGGCAGACCGGGCUACUCACAUGCGCAUGCAUACAGGGGAGAAACCAUUUUUUUGUAAUCAAUGCGGAAAGACAUUCAAGCAUAGAGUUGCCCUGAACAUGCACAUGCAGGGACACAGAGGGGAGAAACGCUAUGUUUGUCCUCAUUGCGAGAAAGGCUUUGUGGAUUUGGGUAAUUUUAAGAGACAUAAGCGUAUCCACACUGGAGAGAAGCCCUUUGAGUGCAAAGAGUGUGGUAAGCGUUUCACACAGUCAGCACAUCUGAAGAAACACAUCAACACACAACAUGCAGUAGCGAAACCAAAAUAGAAAGUAGAUACAAUGUGCAUUAUAAUGCAUAAAAGCUCAUGAAUUCUCGGGAAAAAAACUAUCAUCCAGUUGUCUUGUAAAAAAUAUAUUAGGCAGAUGUUGACGUUCUUACCAUCAGUUGCUGUAAAAUAAUAUUUUAUCCCAGAUGGAAGUGUUUAACUUUUUAUUGUAGUGUGUUUAUCAUUUUAGGUUUCUGUAACUGAUGAUCUUUAUGAAAAUAUGCCAUGUAUCAUUGUCAUUUUAAAUCCCAGGUAACUAAAAGAAUAUUGUUGUUUCUGUGCUAUUUAUUAUUCCUUGUUUUAUAAUACUGCUGACAUAAAGGAUCUUAAACAACUCAGGUUACACAAUUACUGUGAAAAUAAAAAAUGUGCUGUUACCCUUAUUAUGGAUCUGGUUUAAACAUAAUGUGGCAAAAACAAAUAAAAUGUGAAAUGUUUAA